AUGGGCACCAAGCAGACCAAGGGCUGCCAGCCGGGCAGCGCCGGGGAGAGCCCCCCGGGCCACCACCGCAAGAAGGUGGCCACCAAGGAAAGGGGGGAUUUCCUGGCUUCCCUCGUGGCCAAGUCCGGCGAGAAGUUCGGGAAGGGCGCUGGCCCCAGCUUGCCCCCGUACCACCGGCGGAUCUGCAUGAUCCAGGACAUGCUGCUGCUGGUCAAGCAGGGCAGGCAGGAGGAGGCCACCGAGCUGCUGAAGAACCUGCGGCAGGAUUUGGGGAUGGAGUCCACCUCUCUGGAUGAUGUCCUCUAUCGUUAUGCCAGCUUCCGAAACCUGGUGGAUCCCAUCACCCACGACCUGAUCAUCAGCCUGGCAAGAUACAUCCACUGCCCCAAACCAGAAGGAGACUCUCUGGGCGCCAUGGAGAAGCUGUGCAGGCAGCUCACCUAUCACCUGAGCCCCCACUCGCAGUGGAGACGCCAGGGCAUCAUGAAGAGGAAGCCUCAGUCCUGCCUGAAGACCGUACUGAUGGGGAAACCCCAGGACAACACCGUGGACUUGUCAGGCAUCCCGCUGACCCUGAGGGACGUGGAGAGGGUCAGGUCGUACCUGGAGCAGAGCUCGGAGCACAUCGACACGGUGGAGCUGUGCUUCACGGAGCUGACGGACGAGCUGCUGCUGCAGCUGCUGCCCGCGCUCUGCGGCCUGCCCCGCCUCACCACGCUGGCCCUCAAUGGCAACCGCCUCACCAAGGCCAUCCUCAGGGACCUCACCGACACCCUCAAGGACCCCAAGAAGUUCCCCAGCGUCACCUGGAUCGACCUGGGUAACAACGUGGAUAUUUUCUCGCUGCCCCAACCCUUCCUGGUCAGCCUGAAGCGGCGCUGCCCCAAGCAGGGCAAUUUGCCGACCAUCCUGGAGUUCGGGGAGGGUCAGGUCAGUGAUUUGGAGGGGCAGGAGGGGCUGGGGGACAGCCAGGAGGAG